UAAUUCUCCAUGCUGCUAACACACAUGGAAUAAUGCCUGCUGUUAGCCUGGGCUUUAGCUAGCGUCAAUCCAAAACAAAUCCCUAACAGUGCAUAUUUAUCCCGCAUGCUGUCUGAGAAGCCAGAAGUUAAAGAAGCUGCAGAAUUGUGGAGAUUUACAGACAGAAUGAGCUCGCCGUUUGUUCAGUGAAGCGGCGAGCGCUGUAACUUUUGCCCGCGUUUAGAGCCGCUGCUGUGGGGUUUUGUACUGACAGUGCUUUCAGAUUGAGCAAAUAUGUCAGGAGUUAAAAGGAAACUGGAGGAUAAAGAUCCAGACUAUGAGGACAUCACCCAGGUGCAGGAGAGCAAGAGGAGCAAAGCCCUUGAACGGAAUGCACGGGACGCCACAAUACAGAAGAUCGAAGCGAUCAUCAAAGACCAGUUUACUCUGGAGAUGAAGAACAAAGAACAUGAGAUUGAGGUCAUCAGCCAGCGUCUGAAUGAAGCGAGGAGAAUGAUGGACAAGCUGAGAGCCUGCAUAGUAGCCAGUUACUACACCAGUGCUGGGCUGACCAAAGCUUCUGAGUCUUCAUUGAGUGAUUUAAAUCAUCCCGCUAUCAAGCGCUACCUGGAGUCCCCCUCUCGCUCAUCAUCCCCUUUAAACCAGGGUUCUGAGGCACAAUCUUUAGGCCACUCGGAGACAGAGUCGCUGAGCCAGCCAACAGAACCAGGAGAGAGAGAGACGCAGGCCUGGAAAGACGAAGAUCUCCAGCAACUGGAGCGCAGACCGGGACGCAAUACGGGCAAGGACACAUUUGGUGUGCCAUCAUCUGUAGACCAGCACAUCACAUUCCACACUACGGGAGAGGAGGCAUCACGACUUUAUGUGAAGAAAACCAUUGUUGUGGGCAACGUUUCAAAGUACAUAGCUCCUGAUAAAAGAGAGGAGAAUGACCAGUCCACUCAUAAGUGGAUGGUGUAUGUCCGAGGUUCACGGAAGGAGCCCACCAUUGACCACUUUGUAAAGAAGGUUUGGUUUUUCCUGCACCCCAGCUAUAAACCCAAUGACCUGGUGGAAGUCAGUGAACCCCCAUUUCACCUGACACGGCGGGGCUGGGGUGAAUUUCCUGUGCGUGUGCAGAUCCACUUUAAAGACCAGAGGAAUAAACGUAUUGAUAUCAUCCAUAAUCUGAAGCUGGACAGGACAUACACUGGACUACAGACUCUUGGCGCAGAGACGGUGGUGGAUGUUGAGUUACACAGAAACUCCCUGGGUGAGGACUUCAUCCCUUUCCCUUCUUCCUUCUCCUCAUUAUCAUCCUCCUCCUCCUCCUCUCAUCUGGCAAGUUCAGCUGCUUCUGGUUUGUUGGCUGGAAAAGCUGCAAAUCAGAAUUCCCAGAAUUCUUGCCGUGCUAUGUCACCUUCUCGAUUGUCUCCUGACUCUAGCUCAGAGAAAGGCGUGAAGAGCGAAGUAGUGAGAUUGUCAUGUUCUGAGCUGCGUACUGGGUCACAAUCCAAGAGUGUGGAAAAAAUCACCCAGGGAUCUCAUAGUAGCUCAGCAUUUCAGCCAAUCACAGCCAGCUGCAAGAUCAUGCCCCAUGGACAGGCACCCAGUCCUGCAGAGUCACCUGGAAAAUCAUUUCAGCCCAUCACCAUGAGCUGCAAAAUUGUAUCCGGUUCGCCUAUUUCAACCCCUAGUCACUCACCCUUGUCUAGAACACCCACCUCCACGCCUGUCCACAUAAAGGCCAGCUCAUCUGUUAACAACGCUUACCUCAUCGCUGACAAGCCAGGCCAGGUGAUCAGCAUGACUACGCCCACUACAGGAAGUCCAUCGGCCAAACAGAGUGGCACUGCACAUGGUGCACGCUCACCUGCUCCCAAACUUCACUCAGGCAGCUUUCUCUCGUCUGGAGUCAAGGUGAUCAUCAAGCAGGAGCCAGGAGAAGUGACCACUCAGACAUCCUCACAACAGCAGACCGGUACUACUGCAUCAGCCCAGCCACAGCAGCAGCAGUAUGUGACUGUGAAAGGAGGUCACAUGAUUGCUGUGUCACCUCAGAAGAGUGGGGUCGGGUCAGGGGGAGGAGCCACACCUACCAAGAUAGUGGGGAUUCCAGUUGGCUCUGCCCUGCAGUCUGCAGUAAAGCAAGUGGCUAUUGGCAGUGGUCAAAUCAUAGUUAAGUCCAGCCCUGCUGUUUCCAAGGUAAUGGGACAGAAGCAGGUGUUGGCGCAGGGCGUAGCUAAGGCAAUUGUCAGUGGGGGCGGAACAGGUACCAGCAGUGGGGUGUCUGUACAGCAGGUGCACACCGGUACCAAAUCAACAGGAGGAUCUGGAGGCAGUGGCAAGAGUGGAGUAAUGGCAACGCUGCAGUUGCCGGUGAAUAACCUGGCUAAUUUGGCAAACCUGCCUCCGGGCACCAAGUUGUACCUGACCACGAACAGCAAGAAUCCAUCAGGCAAGGGCAAACUCCUGCUCAUCCCACAGGGAGCCAUCCUGAGAGCCUCCAAUACUGCAGCGCAACAGUCUCAGAGUUCUUCCGCUGGUUCUGCUCAGUCAUCCAGCAGCAGCACUGGAUCCAGUAGCCUGUCCUGCACCUCUUAUAUACUAAAACAGACCCCACAGGGCACAUUUUUGGUCGGCCAGCCAGGGGGUUCCGGGAAAACGGGCACUGCCAGUUCCACAGGUCAUGCUGCAGCCAGUCCCACCUCCAUUACCCAGCAGGCCAUUAGAGUCACAGCAGGACAGAAGGCGGCUAUUCUGGCUCAGGUGGUUGGAGGCUCCCAGGGAUCUCAGGUAAAGCUGUCUGACGGAUCGGUGAAGACAGUGACUGCUGCACACCUGUCAAAACCAGGCAGUACAACUUUGAGGAUGACUGGGGGGAUCAUCACAGCCACUACUUCAAGUUCACCCGCUGCUACCUCCAGUUCCCAGCAGUCAGCAGAGGGAGCCGUAGUGUCCUCCUCUUCCUCAGGUACUAAAGCAGCUGCACCGCCGUCUGUACUGAUGGCAGCCAAUCAGGCUGCAGUAAUCAGUGCUGCCAAGAGUGCUAGCUCAGCAGCUAGCCUUUCGAAAAACACCGGCGCCGUUGUAACAAUGUCUAAAAACAUCAACAUGCCGCUCAUUAGCCUGUCAAAGGGAGCAGGGACAGCGGUCAUGAGCGUGCCCAAGAGCGCCAGUCCCUCAUUGGUCAGUGCUGCAUCUCUAGUGGGAGGAGCUACAGUCAGUGGGAAAACGGCGACUGCAAUUUCAGGCAUGUUAAAGCUACACUCUGGGCAGUCAGGCUCACAACAGACUGUACUGACGAUUCCAGCUAACCAACUUAAGCAGCUCAGCAUCAGCGGGGCCUCCACCGGUCUCCAGACCAUUUUAAUGCCUGUAGGAAAAGUAGUGCAGUCUGGUUCUAAAGCUGCAUCCAGUGUUCAGAGUGGCGUUUCUCCUUCUACCACCACACCUAUAGCUCAAGUGAAGACAGAACCUGGGUUGUCCAGCUCCUGCACUACUCCAGUAACGCCCACGUCUACCCUUUUAUCCCCUGUAUCUACUCCCCUGCCCACAGCCACAUCUGCUACUGUUAAAGUGGAACAAGGCACAGAGACCACGACACAUGAACUCAUUAAUACUGAACAUAUUGAAACCAUGUUGCAACUAUUAACGGCUGCAUUGAAGAAAUUUCCUUUGAUUGUCGCAGAAAAAACGGAAGAUUCCCACCCAUUCUGUGCUACCUCUGUGGAGCAAUACUAUUCCUGGAACAUUGGAAAGCGCAGAGCUUCGGAGCUCCAGAGAGCAGUAGCAGUGAAGCGUCUAGUUCAGGAUAUUUUAGACCGGAACCCACGACUGCAGGCCCUCAGCCCCCCCAAAACCAGGGAAGUGGUGCAGUGGUGCCGCCUCCGUGGUUACACACCCCCUGACCCUGAACCCCAGCGCAUAGAGGAGGACUCAAUAGAAGACAUUCUCACACAGAUAGACAGUGAGCCAGAAUGUCCAUCUACUUUGACAGAUGGUGAGGAACUGUGUCAGCGUCUAGAGCAGUUGCAAAAGAUUCUGAAGACUGAGCCAGAAGAGGAAGACACGGAGCCUGUCGACAUCAUUGCUGUUAAAGAGGUUCGCAGCCAGAGGGUCAAGGUCAAGCAGGAGCAGGAGGAGGCGGAGCAGGAGCCCAAAUAUUUCAUGGGGUUGUGUCCCUCUUCACAGUUUAUUAGAGACACAGCAGAGCAGAUUGGUGUAAGUUUUCAGCCAGUUGAAGUGGAGAGGAACGUCUUUGCUCCAAUAGUGGAAGCUAUGAUUCUCAAGGCUACACAACAGUUUGCCAGCGAGGUCCUGAGGGAAUCCCUAGCAAAUGCCUAUGGGAAGUCACCUCAAAACAGAGUUCCUAGAGAAAUCACAGGCAUGAAUAUACACCAGGCUGUCGGCUCGAUACCCAGCUGUGAUUUCCUUACUAACCGGUACAUGGGCUUCAUGCUGAAGGAUGGUGACCAUGCAGACUGAAAGUGGAAUUAGACUGCCAGAGCUACCACAAUCAAUUUGCAUACACAUGCACAGAUUACAGGCAUGCCUUCUGUACACGUUCAGCAACACACAAGUGUGAAUGUAAGCAGGGGCACAAAUUGAAAGGCAAGAAGCGGGUGUGUUGAUGGUUUAAAAUCAUAAUUACAGUUAACACAUAGACAUGCUGUCAGGUUCAUCAAGAUCACAUUUGUAGUGUCUGGACCUGUUCAAACCAUCUUUCUGAGUUUCAGCCUGUAGUUUGGCUUUUAUCAAUAUGCGAGCAUCAGAGUUAGAACUAUUAAAUUUAACAUCCACAUCUCAGUACUGCACCUGAUCUUGCGUGACUGUUUCUCUGCUCAUCAGGCUGUUGGAGCUACACUAGCUUCUAUAUACAACAAGGGAAAACAUUAAAUUAGAUAUAAAUUGUGUAGACUGAGUGGAAAAAGCAGAGGCACUUAAUAUACACUCUGUGGACCUUUUUAUGUCUGUGUUCGUUAUUUUCAACUCAUCAUUUUCUAUACAAGCAGUUUUAGUGCAAGACUGGAUAGUAGUGAUACAGAAUGGUUAUGUUGUAGUGUCACUGAUAUACUUAAGUAUUCACUGGUCUUAAUCUGUAGGUUACUGUUGUUUUAGGAGACCUGACAGUUAACCAGAAAAUGUCAGUAAUGACGGUGUUUUGUGAAGUCUGUGUUUUUUUUUUUUUUUCUCCCCCCAGAGCAUUCUGAAAACAGCCGACUUGACAUUUUUAUUUUUGUUGUCUAUAAAGUCUUGACCAUCUUCAGGCUAAGACAUAUGCAGGAUGUGUGUUUGUGAGGUAAUGAAAUAGACAGUAAAGGAAAAAUUCCUGUGUUGUGAAAACCUUUUGUAACAUUUACUGAAGCAUUUGUUUUGUUAUGGUUUUGGCUGGUGCUUGAAGGAGACAUGCUAAAGUCUUAAUAUUCAGGUGCUUUUGUCACUAUACACAAGCCUUUCUAACACGUGGUCCUAAUACAUCUCUAAAGUUUUUUUAGGUUUUAUGUGCUCAAACACACCUUAUUUAACGGGUUAUUUACCAAGCCACGUUCAAGCUGAAUCAGUUAUGCUGGAGAUGAAUCAAAGCUAAAUUAUGCAGCAGUUGUAACACCAGAAUGGCAAUAAUUUAUUUUGGAGGAAGGUUUCUGGGUCCAGAUGGUUCAUUCAUGUAGACAGUGUUGAUGAAUUUCGGAGGAGGAAGAAAUAUUUGUAGAAGGCCAAAAGUGAUUAUACAACUAAUGUGACAAUUAACGAACUCAUACGUUUCACUUGGUUUCAUUCCAUUUUCGUUAGCGUAAAGAGCCUUUUAUUCUCAACUGUUAGUCAUCAUUAGGGUUAAACAGCUGACACAGUUGAGUGCACAUUUGCAUAACUUUAGGACAAAAUGAAUAGGGAAAACUAAAUAAUCAAGUGGCAAAACAUCACGGUUCAGAACUUUGCAGCUUUCUUUGUGAAUGUGGUGAUAAAUAUUUUGUAAGAACUUCCACCCACCUGCCUUUCGAACUACCUCCAAUCUCUCGUAUCUUCUUACAAGGUUAGUUUGAAUUGUCUUAGUUGUAAUAUUUUCCCCACCCCCUUCCUAUUCUUUCUGUUUUACCUACACAGGUUUGAUUGGCCACUCUUUGCUCGUUCUUCUCGACACAUCUUUUAUAAACCCAUGUCAGACACUGCCUUUUUCAGAUCAGGUGUGUACACUGUGAGGAUCAUGACACAAUGUCGAUUUAUUGCCUUCGGUUCUUUUCAGGUUUUCCGUUGUCAUGUUGCAGGACACAUUCAUUGAAUUGUAGAACUUGUUGCACUCGACAAUAUCACUUUCUGCAUUGUGAUCAAUGUAGAAUUAAUGAACCAGCAACGCGUCUGUCCAGUGUGUCUGUGUAUUUGUAAAAGUAAAUGUAUGUCUAAUUAUUUGUUUGAUUGGAUGCCAAGGUUUGUUUGCUCUGUGAUCGUUGUGUACUUUUGUGUAUGCACGUGCUCUGUGCACCAACACACUUCACUAAAGUCAUUACCUGUUUAACCAAUCCUAAUGUAUUGUAGACAUGACCAAUUAUAUUUUGCCUUGUAAUGUAACUAAAAUAAUGACUAUUCUUGUAUUAAAACGGUAGACAUGCCACUAAA